UUUGGCAACGGUGGUGUUUACAGCCUCCUGUCAGUCAGUCCUUGGCGGUCCACGCGUGUUCCACCCUGCCGUGCCCCCGUCAGGCCCUGCUGCAGGCGUCCCGGCACCUCGACAGGACCUAACCUCUUCCCUGCUGACAGACAGACUCGCUGACAACACCCGCCAGUAUUCAGCACUGCCUGGCGGCCGCGCUCCACAGCCUCACCGGACCCAGCACACACCCCAGAGGAAGAAGUCCACCUUCCUGCCGGUGUGCUGGGCUGAGGCAGAGGCGAGAGUGAGGCGCAGGAGAUGUGAGCCACGAGGAUGUGUGAGCAGUGUGUCAAGGAGGAGUAUCCAGACAGGGGCACGGUCUGUCUGGACUCGGGGGCGUACCUGGCAAACCUGGCUGGCUGUCAAGGGUGUGGCCGCAAGGAUACGCUCAAGGUGGCCAACAAGACAGUCGGCCCAUCGGAGGCGAACGAGGAGGUGACGGAGUUUGAGCAUGUGUGUGGAGAGUGCCAACACGUGGUAGCCCGGCACCUUCAUGUCUUCUGGGUGGAGGACGGCUAUCAGAACUACACGAUGAGCUGCAUGCUGUGUGGAGGGGCUGAGGACACGCGAUCCUGCCUCCCUGAUGACCCGCGCUUUGAGGCCGCCCUGUUCUGAGGCAGCCACGACACACAGCCACAGACCCAGCAAAGGUCUCCGCCAGUACAGCCUUAGCCAGCCAGCCCUUGGGAGACCCUGAGCGUCGCCCUUUUCUGCCCCUAGCGCACACACACGCCUUCAGCCAGACCUUGGGAUAACGUCACCCCCGGCUUUGUUUACGCUACAGUGAGUGGGUCAAUGUGUGUGUUUAUGUAGAGUCUUACUGGCGGAGUGAGAGAGUAAGGAGUGUAGGUUUCUGUGUAGUGUUGUGGUGAAGGUUCUUGUGACUUACUGUUAGUCUACAAGCAUUGGUGACUUUGUGAUUCGCUGUUAGUCUGCAAGCAUUGGUGACUUACUAACAAGUGUGUGUGGAUGUGUGUGUGAGUCAGCUGUUUGUGAAUGGAGACAGGGUUAGUAAGAGUGUAGGUUUCCAUGUUGUGUUGUGGUGAAGCUUCUCAUAACUCACUCAUAGUCUGCAAGCACUGUUGACUUACUAACAAGUGUGUGUGUGCAUGUGUGUGGAUUAGCUGUGCAUCAUUAGGAAGGUUUUCAUGUGUAGCAAAUUGUUUAACCUCCAAAAUUGCUGUCAGUCUGCAAGCACUGUUGACUUAACCCUCUCGCGCCCAAUGACGUGUUUCGCGUCAUCAAGGGUAAAAAGGUCCUGGCGCCUGAUGACGUAAGACGCAUCAUAAAAGUUUUAAAAAUUGAUUAAAAAUUAGUUUUCGGUGAAACUGCGUCAAAUUUGGGAGCGUCAUUUGUUAGGAUAAGUUUCUUAAUGGUAACAUAUGGCAACCUUCCUAAGGAGCGUAGAUGAGGAUUCCUUGAUGUCAUUCUGGGCCUGGCGUCACUGAAAGUCUAAGUGGUUGUGUGUGAGUGAGUGUUUCCAUGGCAUAACUCUUGGCUGGGUGUGACAAGAACUGAUUCCUUGAUGUCAUUCUGGGCCUGGCAUCACUGAAAGCCUAAGUGGUUGUGUGUGUGUGAGUGAGUGUUUCCAUGGUGUAACUCUUGGCUGGGUGUGACGAGAACUGAAUUUCUUAUGUCAUUCUGGGCCUGGCAUCACUGAAAGUCUAAUUGGUUGUGUGUGAGUGAGUGUUUCCAUGGCAUAACUCUUGGCUGGGUGUGACAAGAACUGAUUCCUUGAUGUCAUUCUGGGUCAAGUAAAUGUGUACCUUGUUUUGUAUGUAUUAUGUAUUCAACUUUUGUCAAUAAACUAAUGGACUAACUAACUGUCUAACUAAAUAACUAACUACUUAACUGUCUGUCUAACUAACUAACUGUCUAACUAACUGUCUGGGCUGCUGCUAAUGUGGAAUGUUCUCUUAGUACUCAAACAUGUCUUUAGAGCAGAGCAGGUUAGUGUGUGUUCUCUGUGGUGUGGUGAGCGGAUACCAUUACAGACUGAUGCCCUGAACCUGAGACUUAUAUAAUUUCUUCCUGGGUGUUUAUAGCAAGGCAGGUUAGUGUGUGUUCUCUGUGGUGUGGUGAGCGGAUACUAUUACAAACUGAAGCCCUG